AUGAAGUUUGAGAAUAUGCUGGCAGAGGUGGAUGGCUUUGGGAGAUUCCAAUUAAGGACGAUCCUCUUGAUGGUAAUUCCCCGUGUGACUUUGCCUUUUCACUUUCUGCUGAAUAAUUUCAUAGCGGCUGUUCCCUCUCACCACUGCGACAUCAGCUCUCUGGAUGACGGAGGUAUUUUUAGAAAUUUAUCCCAAGCAGAGAGGCUUGUUGUUAGUAUUCCACUACAGGAUGAUGGGACUCCAAACUCGUGUCAGAUGUUUGCAGAGCCUCAAUAUCAUCUGCUGCUCAACUCCUCCAACAUUACUGCCCUACCCACAGUGCCGUGCCAGACUGGAUGGGUGUAUGAUAACACCACCUUCAAGUCUACUCUGGCCACAGAGUGGGAUCUGGUUUGUGAUCAGAGAAGAUUGAACAGAGCCACGGCCACUAUCUUCUUCAUGGGAGUCAUGCUUGGAGCGGCAGUAUUUGGCUAUCUUAGUGACAGAUUUGGCAGAAGAAGAAUGCUUCUGGUGUCCUACAUGACAACCACCUUCUUUGGAUUUGCAAGUGCUUUCUCAUAUAAUUUGUCCAUGUUUUCUGCCAUGAGGUUCUUAACUGGAUUUGGUAUUUCUGGAAUAAGUAUAAUCACCGUGGUCCUUUGUAUUGAAUGGGUGGACAUAAAGCAUCGCACUGCAGUGGGCGUUUUUAUGAGCAUUGACUGGAGUAUUUGUACUGCUUUGCUACCUGUUGUGGCCUAUUUUGUGAAUGACUGGAGGUACCUCACCACCACAGUAACCACCCCACUGUUUCUGGCAAUGAUCUCUUGGUGGUGGCUCCCUGAGUCUGCCAGAUGGCUGAUAAGUAACGGAAAGAUCAGCAGUGCUCAUUUUUACCUGAACAUGUGUGCAAAAGUCAACGGCAGAGAGCAGUUUGUGGCGGACCUACAGCCGGAGAUUCUGUCCAAGGUAAUACUUGUAGAAGAUGAAAAUAGAAAAUAUUCCUAUUUGGACCUUGUGAGGACUCCCAAAAUGAGGAGAGUGGCCCUACUUACAGGCAUUGUAUGGUUUGGAGUGGCCUGUACGUAUUACGGAAUCAGCUUCAAUGUCACUGGAUUUGGUGUGAACAUUUAUCUCACGCAGUUCAUCUAUGGCGCAAUUGAAAUUCCUGCAAAAGUCUUCAUCUUUUUCACCUUGCACAAAAUUGGCCGCAGGUGGAAUCAGGCCGGGACGCUUGUUUUGUCUGGACUGUGUAUAUUCUGCAACAUGUUUAUCUCACAAGAUAAGGGGCCAUUUCGGACAGCUGUGGGAGCUUUGGGCAAGAUGUUCGCAGAGGCAGCUUUCACAACUGUAUUUCUGUACACAACAGAGCUUUACCCCACAGUAAUGAGGCAAAAUGGAUUGGGUUACACCUCCUUCAUGGCCCGUAUAGGCGUGUCUGUAUCCCCCCUGAUCAUACUUCUUGAAGAAGUGUGGGACCAUCUGCCAAGUACUAUUUUCUCCCUGGUGGCUCUUGUUGGAGGGCUGGCAGCCUCUUUUCUCCCUGAGACACAUAACAUCCGUCUGCCAGAGACUAUUGAGGAUGUGGAACAGACAAGAAGAAGAUCAAUCUCCACAUCUGAGGAUAAGUCUCCACACUGA